CGUGGAUCACGACGUCACCCGGCCUUGUCCCGGAAAUAGAGAAACAUCAACAAUCCUACGGGCAGGGCGAGGUGUUAAGACUAGCCAAGAGUUAGCGGAAUAUUUCCUCAGAUAUAUAAUUUGUAAUACUGUAUUAGCGUGUAGCAUCACAGCCAUGUCGUUGUUCGGUAAGAUAUUUGGCGGGGGAGGCAAAGCGGGUAAAGGACCGAGCCCACAGGAGGCGAUCCAGAAACUCCGUGAAACCGAGGAGAUGCUAACCAAGAAGCAGGAGUUUCUGGAGAAAAAGAUUGAACAAGAGCUGAAAAUUGCCAAGAAAAACGGCACGAAAAACAAGAGGGCGGCUCUGCAGGCUCUGAAAAGAAAGAAGCGCUACGAGAAGCAGCUGGGCCAGAUCGAUGGCACGUUGUCCACCAUUGAGUUCCAGAGAGAAGCUCUGGAGAACGCCAACACCAACACUGAAGUGCUGAAAAACCUGGGCUUUGCUGCCAAGGCCAUGAAGUCGGCCCACGAAAACAUGGACAUUGACAAGGUGGACGACUUGAUGUCUGACAUAACCGAGCAGCAGGAGUUGGCCCAAGAAAUCUCCGACGCCAUCUCGAAACCUGUUGGCUUUGGAGAAGAUUUGGAUGAGGAUGAGCUUCUUGCUGAGCUGGAAGAACUGGAGCAAGAAGAGCUGGAUAAAAAUCUGCUGGACGUCGGACCAGAAAACAUCCCCCUUCCAAACGUGCCUUCUACUUCAUUACCUUCCAGACCUGCAGCAAAGAAAGAGGACGACGAAGACGACAUGGGCGACCUGAAACGCUGGGGGAUGGAAGCCAUGUAAACAUAACACGAUGCAUCUUGCUUACCGGGAUCACAGAACAGAGCUGAGCUGAGCUGAGGAAGGAAGGCACGAAUGGACUGAUAAGAUGAUGUGUGUUUGUUUGUCUUGGAAGAAAUCGCCUGAACUCAAUUUAACACUCCUCCCCCCCCCGCCCCAACAAAAAAGCAAAAAUGUUCUCGUCUUUCUUUACCCAAGUCUUAGACUUUCCACCAUUUGCUCAGUUAGAUAGAGGCUUGCCAACGGGGGCUCAUACAGCAAAGUCACUAAUAUUUUACACCUGGCCCUCAGAGUUCAUGUAUGUCAGUGUGACAUUGUGACAGGACUCCCAUAAACUGUGUGCACACUUUGCAUUUUCAUGGCUUGUGCACUCAAAAAGAGAGGAGUUCUCUGUUGAAUUCAAACCCCAUGUUCCUUCUGGAUUCUGCGUGCUUUGGCUUAAAACACCUCCGCCCCCCUCCUAAAAGAAAGAAUACACACCUGCUCCCCAGUGGUUGGUUAUUUGGUGUAAAUAUUCCACGUAUCCGUUUUUCUACUAUGAAACUUCUGCCGUCGCAGAGAGCCUCUGUUUCAGUUUUGGGAAGCAUGCAGCAAAAAGUGAGAUGUCAGCAAACACGGGGCACGACUAGAAGAGGAAGAAGUUGAGCAUUUCAACACUGUUCACCCUGAUUUCUGACAAUCGAGGUCUAUGUUUCAAAUGUUAGGAUGUUAGAAUGAUACUAAUAGCGACGAUGGUCACAUUUCCACUGCAUCCACAAGGGGUUGAAGAAAGACGGUCACACUACUAUUGCAUCUUCAACAAUGGUUGCAUUUUGUUUCGGAGUGCAAAAGUGGUUUACAGUUUCAAGUUCAUGAUGUACAUUUUUUACAUUGUGGGAAAACUGUGGAAUUUCAGAUGGGCAAGCAUGUAUGCAUUUCAAACUUUUAUUUAUCCAGAUAAGAAUAUUAUUUGCAAAUUCAUUAAAAGAAGACAAUUCUUGUA